AUUUUUUGUCUCAAUUUUCACUCAAUUCUGUAAAUUAUCCUCCCUUACACAUUUCUUACACAUUUUUACACAUUUGUUAAAUUUUCAGUAAAAAAUGAUUUUAACGUAGUUUUACCAAUUCCUAACACAUUCUUACACUUUUUUACACAUUUCUCAAAUUUUUGUAAAUUAUUCCGAAACAUUAAUAAAAUAAUGAAAAAAAGGUAAAUAAUAGUAUGGACAGGGAUAAUACUGUGUUGUUAUCAUUGCAUGUGAGGAAAUUAACCUUGAAGUCUUGGGUCACAAAGUACCUCGACUCCGUACCACUCAAACUCAAAUGGCAUCUCACAACUGAUAACACUGAGUCGCACAGUUCACCCGAUGUGUCUGGACUUCGAAACUGGGAGUCUGAAACAUUUAAACUUGACGGGAACCAGGCCUUAAAUGUCGAUACUUUAUUCCUCCUCGCUCAAACUUCCACAGACACUAACACUAUAAAUAGUAUAAAUAGUGUAAAUAGUGUAAAUAGUGUAAAUAAUGUUAACAGUGUAAAUAGUGUAAAAGGGGUGAGAUUAAGAAGUGUGAGAUUGAGUGUGUCGCUGUGUAUAGAUAAUAGUUCUAAUGUGUUGGUUGGUGUGUCGAGUGAGAAUUUACGGAAUUUGAAGGUGAGUUCGAAGUUUAACCCUCUUUCAUUUGAGCUGAUGAGUGAGAAUAAUAUUUUCGUGGGCUACGUUGACGUGUUUUACGUCUCACAACAGCGCUGGGUUAGAAUUAACAAGGCAUCACUGCCCAUCAGUAAUAAGGACACUGACUACAACACCUCGCCAGAGUCUAAUAUUAAUACCGAAGAUGACGAUGAUACUACUCUCUCGUGCUCCUCACACAUCAACUCCGAGUUCUCCCACUCCAAUUCCUAUUCUAACCACGGUGAUAAUUCUAACCACGGUGAUAAUUCUAAAUCAGGUGAUAAUUCUAAAUCAGGUGAUAGUUCAUCAUGUUCUGGAGUUUGUGAGUAUGUAUUGAUAUUUUGGAAUUCGGCGAAAACGUGUUUUGUGCGUGGUAAUGUGAGUGAUAUUCAGUUGCAGUUGCUGCGGAUGUUUAUCAAAACCUGUUUAAUUGACGGGGAUUCGCCAAAUUCACAAAUACCUUUUGAACUUGAAGAUAUUAAACCCGAUCAUCCCUUUGACAUUAUUCACAAAUUUGACACCCUAGCCGUCAAGAAAAUCUCACACAAACACGCCAAACAGAUUUUCAACACUCAUGAAUCCACGCCCACAUCCAAUGACAUUGGUGACAGAGAUAAUAGUGUUUACAGGGUUGACACUGAGGACAGAGUUGAAAGUGUGGAUAGUAGUAAUUUUGAGAUAGUGCAUAGUGGUAGGGUGUAUAGUGGUUCUGUGCCGGCGACUGAGCGUUUGGUGAGAAACGUUGACAUGAAUGACCCGGCGUCGUUUUAUAAUUUCAUUUCACGGCAGAAUAAACAAUUUCAAACUCUCAUCACCAAACGACUUUUAUCUCCCAAUUCCUCCACCAACACAAGCUCUCUCAUUGAUACACUAACUCCAAAUACUAGUCACACAGUUAACAAAAGUCACACAUUAAAAGGUAACACAUUAAAAGGUAACACAUUAAAAGGUAAUAGGGUAGAAAAUGUGAAGAGUAAGAAUGAGGAGGUGAAAUAUAAUGCGUUACCGCAGUAUGUGAAAUCGAUAGAUACUGUGGCAUCACUGAAUGACAUAACGCAUAAAACUAUUAACACAAUGACCACAGGGCUGGUGUCGUAUAGGAAUCAAAGUCAAGCCAUAGACGAAGAAGCCUUAACCAUUACCACACUUUACACACAUUCCUAUCCCAACCAGACUAAUACUUUGCACAGCCUGGCAGAUCCCGUGGAACACAUCAGUGUGGAUCAACAUCUGGAACAACAUGAUCUGGGCCAUCCUGGUGUAUCACAGGAUACGCCAGAAAUACCACAGCCAGAAAAUGCUAAUGCAAUAGAAAAUGUGUUGGAGGAGUCAAAUAUUACCCUAAAGGCCGAUUGCCCUGAGAUAAAGGCUGAAGUGCAUGCCUUGACUUCUAAAAGCUCAAUUACGGUCUAUAGUAUCUACAGCCCCAAGGAUUAUCUUGAUAACUUCUCCGAUCUCACAAGCUCAUCCCAACUCUCCAGCUCAUUCACCUCCAUCACCAACUCACCCACCAAUCAUUCUAUCAACGUCAACCAUGACACUGUCAACCAUAACAUUGUUGACCAUGCUGACACUGUAGGUAUGGUGAACACAGUUGGUAAGGAUAUCUCAGUUGGUAAGGUGAACAAGGUAAGUAUGAGUAAGAUGAGUAGAAUUGAUAAUUAUUUGAACCAUGUGGAGAAUGCGUAUUAUAGUCCUGAUCCGGAGUAUGAUUCCGUGAAUAUAUUAUCAAAUUACGCCUGUGGAGUUAAGUUGGAGGUUAAUAGAGCACUAUUUUGUGAGAACACUCUGCUCACAUUUGAGACUAUAACUAAGGAUUUACAGACGAUUGGCGAGUUAAAAUCCAGCGCUGAUCCUGAGCUGGGCUCAUUUGACAGUCUUUUAAUCUUCAAGGCUUUGAGGGAUGCUCAGGUCCUAAAGGUCCAAGGCCAGACAUUACCAACCUCGGCGUAUCUCAGAUUUUUCCUAAAGUACCUCCGGUGUUAUAAUAUGAAACGUGUGCCAAUUGUGGUUUACUUGCAGAUUAUUACGUUUAAGCAGUUGGAGACUAUGAAGAGACUUUGCAGCAGUUCUGACGAUAUUCUGCAGUUUAUUAACAUUGCGCUUGAGGCUUUAAUUUAUGAACUUCAAGUCUCCACUAACCUCUACAAACAGCCGGAAAAUGAGUUUUUAUCCAACUUCAGCCAGCUCAAUAAAUUUCCAGAUUUCUAUGACGAGUCUAGCGUGCUCUCGGGUGACCAAUUUGAGAUUUUUGAGAGCAUUUUAGACGAAAUGAGUAAAGAUGUGAAGAUGGUAAAUACUCGAAAUCUUGUCUACAUUUCAAGGCUAAAUUCUCCUCCCGUAAAGUCUCGAGGUUGCAUCUUCAGACUCGCACCGCUUAAAAUUGUUCUCUAUCGCACCUUCUGUGGGCGCAGGAAACUCAUCUCAAACGGACACAUAAUCAAAAUUUAAUCUAUUUAUUAUAUA